UUUGUUCGACGAGCUGGAAUCUCGAAUUAGUUGGCAGCUUUAUGGUGACAUUCGUGGCGAGAGCGGACAACAAUUAACCACGGCGGCCCUCAAUCCGGACGUAUGCCCACAAGCUUUUACCCGUCGGCUCAUCGUCGCUAAAAAAAAAGAAGCAUCAAAUACUAAAUAUAACGAAUAAAAAAAAACAAUUCACAUCAUUAAAAUUAAUUUGGCACAAAUUAAUUUGCGUAACGGAACUGCUCACUUAACACAAUUUAAUGUUCAUCCAUCGCUCAUUCGUUCGAGUCGCGCGGCUCCUCGUGCAAUAAAACGAAAUAGGCUUAAUUAAUCAGCAAUCAACUCUAUACAUAUUUCUAUAUAUAUUUUUGAAUAAGCCCCGAUUCGAUUCGUCGUGUGUGUUUCGUGUUUGGAAAAACGUAAAGUGUCUACAAGCCGAAAUCCCCAACUAGCUCCAAAGGCAGCUGCCAUGAGAACGAAACUAUUCCAGUUCGCCAUUUGACAUUCCCAUUGCACCAGGGAUCCUGCUGCACGGCCCCAAAGUGCUGACACUCUUGGAAUAUGUUGUAUAAUGUACCUUGCUAUCAAAACUUCUCAACGCUGGAUUACUACAAAGUUAAACGUCCCAAAACUGAACACACGGAUACACAUGAAAGAAAUCGCCUCUGCAAUCUGUCACAGCAGCAGCAGCAACAGCAACCCCAGCAACAGCAGCAGCAACAACAAACGCAACAGCAACAUCAACAGCAGCAACAGCAACAGCAACAGCAGCAACAAUCACAUCCCAGCACCGUGUUGGCCAGCAAUGGACCCAGUAGCGCCGGUGCCAGCAUGGGCGUCGGUGUGGGCGGUGUGGGCAUUGGCGGUGUCGGAGGGGUGGGAGUAGGCGUGGCGGGGCAAUGCAGUCCGCUGGGCCUGCCACCGCAGAGCCAACCGCUCCAGCCGACAAUCGGAUCGCUGGCCUCGCUGAGCGGCCACUACUCCAAUGGCGGUGGAUCGAAUGCGAAUCCCAGCAGCUGCAGCCUGGCAGCAUCCUCCAGUUUUGCUCAGUCCUCCGGCAGCAGCUUCUCCACAUAUCAGCAGGCCGGCAGCGGGGGCGGAGGCGGCACUGUGACCGGCGAGGAUGUGAGCACCACCGUGAUGUCGCACUGGACGUCCCACGACGGCAGCAAUUCGGGGGCGGCCGUCAAGUCGGAGUCCCGCAGUCCCGGCCAAGUCCAUCCUGCCUUGGAUAAUGGCAGUGUGUCGGCAGGAACAGUGGCCGGAUCGAACCUGUAUGGAUGCAGCGCCGCCACCAGCAAUCCCCUGGACACGGGAGCCGCCACGGCGGCGGUCAACUCCUCGGCGGUGGCAGCCGCAGCAGCGGCGGUGUACGAUAGCAAACACGACUACUACUACUACAACAGCAUGCAGCAGUACACGCCCCCGCCGCCAUUCUAUUCCAGCUACGGAACUCCGUAUACGACGGCCCGGCAGGCCAAAAUGGAGCCCGGAGCAGCGGCUGCGGCGGCGGCCUAUCUGACGCCCAGCUACGCCGGAGGAGGCAACAACAACUCGCAGCUCUACAGCAGUCCCUAUGCCGGGUACAACAAUUUCGGGCAGCAGGACUACGGCGGCUACUACAACGAGCAGUACGGCAACUACUACAGUCCGGCCAACUAUUCGCCGUAUGCGGUCAGCUCGCCCAGCUCCAGCGCCAGCCACGGGCAUGGUUUUCAUGUGGCGGCCUCGUCGAAUCUCUCCGAGAGCCCCACGGAUACACACUCCACCACGCCGGUGCACCAGACCACCCACUCGCCGCACUCCCCGCUCCCGAUCUCGCCGAGCGCCACUUCCGGCAUCGGAUCUCUAGGCAAUGCCGCUGCCUCCGCCGCCGCCGCAGCCACGGCCCUGAAUUCCAGCGGUGGCAGCAGUGUGGGCACCCCCGGAUCAGGUACAGGGGUGGCCAACAGCAAGACCACGCCCACGGGCAAGUCGGGGAGAGCGCGCGGAAGGCGCCACCAGCAGCCGAGUCCCACGAGGAGCACCGCGUCGGAUACCGGAAAUAGCGAGGCGGUGAAGCCGCCGGAACGCGUGUUCGUCUGGGAUCUGGACGAGACGCUCAUCAUCUUCCACACCCUGCUCUCGGGCAGCUAUGCCAAUCGAUACACCAAAGACCACAGCUCCCUGAUGACCAUCGCCUUCCGCAUGGAGGAGAUGGUCUUCAACAUGGCCGACACGCACUUCUUCUUCAACGAGAUCGAGGAGUGCGACCAGGUGCACAUCGACGAUGUCAGUUCCGACGACAACGGCCAGGACCUGAGCGCCUACAACUUUGCCACCGACGGCUUCCACACGGGCACCCCGCCCGGCGCCCCGCCCAAUCUCUGCCUGCCCACGGGCGUGAGGGGCGGAGUCGACUGGAUGCGCAAGCUGGCCUUCCGCUACCGCAAGAUCAAGGACAUCUACAACAGCUAUCGCGGAAAUGUUGGCACUUUGCUGGGACCCGGAAAACGCGAGGCCUGGCUGCAGAUCCGCUCGGAGAUCGAGGUGGCCACCGACAACUGGGCCACCCUGGCGCUGAAGUGCCUGAGCAUGAUCGCGCAGCGAGAGAACUGCGUCAAUGUCCUGGUCACCUCCACGCAACUGGCACCGGCGCUGGCCAAGGUCCUGCUCUUCGGACUCGGGGGAAUCUUCAACAUCGAGAACAUCUACAGUGCGCACAAAAUCGGUCAGGAAACCUGCUAUGAACGAAUCGUGACUCGGUUCGGACGCAAGAGCACCUAUGUGGUGAUCGGGGAUGGGGCCGAGGAGGAGGCGGCCGCCAAGGCCAUGAACUUCCCCUUCUGGCGGAUCUCCGCCCACAGCGACAUACGCGCCCUCUACACUGCCCUCGACAUGGGCUUCUUAUGAAAGGCCAACUCGAGAUCUGGAAUUCGAAAUGGAAUAUAUAUAUUGUUAGCCACUUUAUUGCUGGCUCGAAGAAGUUUUGAGUACAAACAGCAGAAUGUUUUAAUUAAUUUAUUUAAUUGUAUGUAUGUGCGUGUGCGUGAGGCAAACUAAAAAAAAAAAAAACAGCAACAAAAACUAAAAACAAAAUGAAAAAAAAAAACUGUAAACCAGCGCAAAAUAAUUUAAUUAUUUUGUUUAUACAAUUUAUACUUUAACGCCAAGACUUUUUGUAUUAUAUAGUUUUUAAACAGAAAA